GAUUAAAGAUAUCUUGUUUGACAGUGACGUUUCUUGUUUUCGGUCAUAGAUUAAAAUACCAAAACACAAGUUCAAUGUUCAAUCACUAAAAUUACAUACUUCAAGUUCAAUCAAUCAUUUCUUUUUCAGCCAAUAUGUUGACGAAAUAAACUCGGUAACCAAAGUUACAAUUUUAACUUAAAAACAAUUUUAUUUUCUAUCAAAAUAACGUAGAGAAUGUCCGCUAGUAAAUUAGACGCCGUAUACCGUAGUAUUCUAUUAACAAAAUUCUUUACGAAAGGCUGGGGUAAGCCGGAAAACUUGCGCAGAUUAUUCGAGUUCAGAAAAGUUGUAUCGAAUCGUGAAGAAUGCUUCAAAUUGGUUGAAAGAGACUAUCCCGUCACCAUUACUAAGGAACAAAAUGUCGCCGAGGGCAAGCUUCUUGAAGGAUACUUCACUAGUCCUCUUGAGAAACACCUUCCAGGAAUCGUACCAGAGAUAGCACAAAAGGCACAUUUCCAAGCACUGCUACCAACAAAGUGGCCUGACAAAGAUUGUAAACCAGUUUGUCUUCAUUUAGCAGGAACUGGUGAUCAUUUUUAUUGGCGUCGUCGUAAUUUAAUGGUGAAACCGUUACUAAAAGAAGCCGGUAUUGGCGGUAUCAUUCUUGAGAACCCAUUUUAUGGACUUCGUAAACCUAUUGAUCAAAUCCGUUCGUCUCUCCACAAUGUCUCGGAUAUAUUUGUGAUGGGAGGCUGCUUGAUCUUGGAGUCUUUGGUGCUAUUCCACUGGUGCGAGAGGAAUGGGCUAGGUCCACUUGGUGUUACGGGGCUUUCUAUGGGUGGACAUAUGGCGUCUCUAGCAGCGACUAAUUGGCCAAAGCCUCUAGUCCUAGUCCCGUGCCUCUCCUGGUCGACAGCAUCGGCUGUGUUCUUACAGGGAGUUAUGGCUCAUUCAAUAAACUGGGACCUCCUAGAAGAUCAGUAUUUAUCGGAUGGCGAAUACCGUGAGAAAUUAUCUAAAAUGGUAACCAUAGUAGAUGAAGCAUUCUUAGCCGGAAAAAAGUUUGCUCGAACAUACUCACAGAACAUGGAAAAAAAUGUCCAGACGGCCACACAAACAAAAACUAGUGAUAACGUAGGGAAUAAUAAUAACAAGAACUUAGAUAUUACAUACAAAGAAAAUAAAAAUGAAAGUGAAAAUACUGAAAAAGUUAUAGACGUUACGAAAACUGUUUUAGACAGUAACAAAAUUGUAAAAAAUGCGAACAGAACUGAACUAGAAAAUCAAAUAGAAAAUUUAAAUGAAGAACUGAAAAAACUUUUGGAGGAAUGUAAAAUAAAUCAGGCACUGUACGAGAAGUUAAUAUCGAACAAAAAGUUCGAAUUGGAUCCUCAAGACAUUGAGGAUAUUAACAAAUUGACCGAGAAUAAAUUGAAGGAAAUGUUAUUGAAAUGUAAAGUUGCAGAACUCAGAAACGAGGAAACCCUGCUAUCCGAAACACUGACACACACCAAAGAAUCUAAUGACACAACCAAGCAGAGAAAUAUGGGAACCUCGAACAUUACAGCGGACAAUACGAACGUUCCGAUACUGAAAGCACCAGAGAAAAACGAACUAAUACCGGAGGCUGAUAAAAGUAAAUCGUGGAACAUAACGGAUUUCACAUCUGACAUCUGGGCUAACUUGCCGUUCUUCAAGCCAAGCGGGAAGAAGAUAGACAUAGGCAAAAUACAUUGGAGGGAUAGAGAAGCGUUGCAAUUCAUGAGAGGCAUUAUGGACGAGUGCACCCAUCUAAGCAAUUUCUCCGUGCCAUUUGAUACUUCCCUGAUCAUAGCCGUGUGCGCCCAGCACGACGCGUACGUGCCGCGCGACGACGUGGGCACGCUGGAGGAGAUCUGGCCCGGCGCCGAGGUGCGCUACGUGGACGCGGGCCACGUAUCCGCAUACCUGCUACACCAGUCCUUGUUCAGAUCAUGCAUAAUAGAAGCCUUUGAACGUUCGAAAAAGCGUUGGAAAGACGGAAAACAUAUCAACUGACCUCACGGUUUGUUUAGGUGCUAAAAUAUAGUUAAUUUAUAAGUAAUAUUUGUAGCGUUUCGUAAACAUGCGUUCACUUAUUUAAGUAGGAUUCUAAAUAGUCUAGUGGAAUAAUAAUGUAUUCUUCCGUCAUAAAAUUUUCUGUUACCAGGUUGUGAUUUUAUAGCUAGUAGUGAUUAGGAGUUAGGUGUCGAGGUUCUAUCGCGAUAAUUUGUCCCAAAUCAAUAUUUAGACUUAUAUUAUGAAAUUAAACUUAUUUUAACAUUCAUUUAAAAUGACUAAAAUAAUUAAAUAUAUCCCUUAUUGACAGCUGACGCCAAGUUUGCAAUUUCAUACUUAAACACCAGUGACUACGUAAAAAUCAUAUAAUAUGAUAUAUAUUGAAAUUAGUUUUUACUGUGAUGUGCGCUUAAACUGUAGACCUUUUUGGAAUUUCGUAUAUUUCGUUCAAUACUAAGAAAAACAUGAAUAGGGCCUGCCGCGUAGGGGAAAAGGCAUAAUUUAAUAAGGGGUUUCAAAAACCUUCGAAUUUCCUUUGAUUCACUACGUUUCGUCUGAUACUACGAUUUUACUGGUGGUAGGACCUCUUGUGAGUCCGCACGGUUAGGUACCACCGCCCUGCCUGUUUCUGCCGUGAAGCAGUAAUGCGUUUCGGUUUGAAGGGUGGGGCAGCCGUUGUAACUAUACUGAGAUCUUAGAACUUAUAUCUCAAGGUGGGUGGCGCGUUUACGUUGUAGAUGUCUAUGGGUCCAGUAACCACUUAACACCAGAUGGGCUGUGAGCUCGUCCACACAUCUAAGCAAUAAAAAAAAUAUUUAAAAAAAAAUACUGUGAGGACGUCGAAACAAGAUUGAUUUACGUUCCCUACGCCACACUCCAACGCACCAAUCCAAGCGCAGCUCUUGCUAUUCCAUUGACGUGUUCGAACAGAGAAAGACUUAUUCGUGGCCUUGUUUCUCGUAAUGAGUUAAGAAUCGCCUCAAUCGACCUUAUGCAAAAUAUAAGGGUCGAAUUUAACGAGAGCACGGAAUUGCUCAGUCGAUGCAGAACACGCAGUAUGCGUGUGUCCGCAAUGACGAACUUUAUUUAUACUCAGAUCCGAAAUUAACUAGUCCGGUCAGCAACAAAGUCAGUCAGUCGCUACGUUCUCUAUAACAGUGAGCUUAGUGCGAGUUUUUUAACGUGCUCGACAGCGUAAAAGUUAACUCAAAUUAGUAUGCAGUUGGAACAGCGCCCCUAGCGGCAAACGUAGGCAAACGUUCCAAUCCCGUACAAAUUUGAUUUAACUUUUACGCUAUCGAGAACGUUAAAAAACUCUAAGCACACAAAGCAGUAAACCCCUUGAUUAUGUCAAGGUUUUGUUCCACGCUAAACAAUAAAUUUAAUGUAUAAUUAAUGUUCUAGUCUAUUAUUGGAAAUUAAACAUUCUUUAAUAAGUAUUUCUCCAGUGUAAUUCUGGUGCCAUGCCAUUGCUUUAUAAAACUGUCCGUAGAAAAUAAAACCGAUUUGCUUACUUAUAAUUUAAUAAAUUUUAAUAUUCUUCAAAACCCCGCAGAUAGAAAAUUAUGAAUACACUCAAAUAAAUGAGAUACGAUCUAAUAAUUGAAAUGCUCAAAACUGCGAUUUUGACUAUACUAUUUUUAUAGUACAAAUAUUAAAUUAAUAUAUAUAUGUAUAAAAGGAUGUAUUUAUUCCUUUAUGUGCAAUGCUUUGAAAUGGUUUAUUGUAGGACUCUAUUCAUAAAUAAGAUUAUAUAUAUUCUCUAUUGAGACGAAAAGUGUAUAUUUUUAUAAAUAAAUGUUGUUUUUACCUGAA